AUGUUCAAUUUAACUCGUAAUAAUCACCGUAAAAUAAUGGCUGAAUUGUUCAUCAUGUUCAACAAUCUCCAAAUCACUUCGAAAAAUCGAUUAUUGAAUCAAGUUCAAUAUUACGUGUCAAUAUAUGACUCGGCUUCGGUCAAUACACUUGAUUAUACUUAUAUGAUGAUCGAAAUAAAUGAAUUAGAAAGGCAGACGACUGGAAUAAUUGCAAAGCUUAGAAUAUGGAUGUUGUAA